AAAAUGAAGCUAGCAAGCCGGCGGCACCAACGGCGGAAAAGGAGAGGGGACUGAAAUGUAGAGCUGGCAUCUACUUUCCACCGUUUAAAAGGACGCUUUUAUAUAUAUAUCUAUAUAUAUGUAUGUAUGUGUGUGUGUGCAUAUACACAUAUAGAGGGCCUUCAUGAAGAGCCCCGAGUUAUUCACUCUAUUAUUAUGUCGGAGGGAGCAGCCCAGUGCUUUUUGUACACAGUUCGCCUAUUUAUUCCAGUCUGAAGCAGGAUUUCAGAUAGAAGACUUCUAAGUAGAUAGAUAGAUUAUCUUAUCUCAUCGAGAUAUUUUUCAUAUGUCAGUUUGUUUUUAGUUUUUUUGCCACCCAUUUGCGUUUUUACAAGGUUCUGUUCCUUCCUUUUUUCGUGGAGAACGAUUGUCAGGUUAAGCCACACGCAAGCAAUGUAUAAUACGGUCUGGACAGCGGAAAAAGCCGGCGAGGAAGGAGACUGGAGGGACGUGAUGAUGCCCUACUCCACGGAGCUGAUAUUUUAUCUGGAAAUGGACCAACCUCCAGCUCUUCCUCCGAAGCCAGCGAAGCCACAGCAGCCCUGCUCAGUCGGGUUGGGAGUGGGCGGCAGCAAUGGCACCAAGGACGGAGGAGCGGGAGGCUCGCUGCAGGAGGCCGAGUGGUACUGGGGUGACAUAUCCAGGGAGGAGGUGAAUGAUAAGCUCAGAGACAUGCCGGAUGGGACUUUCCUGGUCCGGGACGCUUCCACCAAGAUGCAGGGCGACUACACACUCACACUGAGGAAAGGGGGAAACAACAAGCUGAUAAAGAUCUACCACCGGGACGGGAAGUACGGCUUCUCCGACCCACUGACGUUCGCCUCGGUGGUGGAGCUCAUCAGCCACUACAGACAUGAGUCUCUGGCUCAGUACAACACCAAGCUGGACGUCAAACUCAUGUACCCCAUCUCCCGCUUCCAGCAGGACCAGCUGGUGAAGGAGGAUAAUAUUGACGCUGUGGGGAAGAAGCUUCAGGAAUACCACAAUCAGUACCAGGAUAAGAGCAAAGAGUAUGACAGACUGUACGAAGAAUACACCAAGAUGUCGCAGGUACGCACGCCCUUAAGUUUUGCCGUAAGAAAAAAAAAAAAAAGAAGUGCACGUUUCCCGUCCGCUCGCUCACCUCCUCUUCUCUCCUCCCCGCAGGAGAUCCAGAUGAAGCGGACGGCCAUCGAAGCCUUCAACGAGACCAUCAAGAUCUUCGAGGAGCAGUGCCACACGCAGGAGCGCUACAGCAAGGACUACAUCGAGCGCUUCCGCCGCGAGGGCAACGACAAGGAGAUCGAGAGGAUCAUGAUGAACUACGAGAAGCUCAAGUCUCGGCUCGGAGAGAUCCACGACAGCAAGGUGCGGCUGGAGCAGGACCUGAAGACGCAAGCCAUGGACAACCGGGAGACCGACAAGAAGAUGAACAGCCUGAAGCCCGACCUCAUACAGCUGCGCAAGAUCAGGGACCAGUAUCUAGUCUGGCUCAAUCACAAAGGAGUUCGUCAAAAACGAAUUAACGACUGGCUGGGAAUCAAGAACGAAAAUACUGACGAAGGCUACUUCGUGAGCGAGGAGGAUGAGAACCUGCCUCACUACGACGAGAAGAGCUGGUUCGUCGGCGACCUGAACCGGACGGAGGCGGAGGAGCUGCUCACCGGGAAGCCAGACGGAGCAUUUCUCAUCCGAGAGAGCAGCAAAAAGGGCUGCUACGCCUGCUCCGUAAUUGUUGAAGGCGAGGUGAAGCACUGCGUGAUCUACAGCACAGCUCGGGGCUUCGGCUUCGCCGAACCAUACAACCUGUACAGCAGCCUGAAGGACCUGGUGCUCCACUACCACCAGACCUCCCUGGUGCAGCACAACGACUCGCUCAACGUGCGCCUCGCAUACCCCGUCUACGCACAGAUGCCCUCCGGACGCAGAUGAACCCCACCCAGCCACACCCCCCACAUAGACAGUAAACCAACCCCCUUCUUGGGGAAUGGAGCACGGGGAGAUGGAGGGGAGGGGGGAUUGGUUGAAAUACAAAGCAACCCCCAACACCAGACCCGAUAAAGAUAGAAACAAAUUAAACACUAGCUGCAACACACACGUCAGCCACCUUGGAGUUAUAUAUUUUUACAAGAACAAUUUCGGAGGGCAUUCUUUCUAAAGACUGCUUGAUUUGCACAAGGAAGUUUUAAAUGUUUGUGAAUGUGAAAAAAAAAAGAAAAGAAAAAAACACGACUGAAGGAAGGAGGAAAGGAAGCGGAGUAGGACACUUCAGAGUUUCAGAUUGACCCCGCUGCUACCUAAACUCCAGCUCAGACUUUUUACAGGAAACUCAAAAAACUAAACACGCGAAAGAGGACGAAGACGGCUACAAAACAUUCCCAAAUGUUUCUUUUUGGUUUCUUUCCCGUUCUUUUUAGUUUGCACCUCAGAUGAUUAUAUUACGCAACCUUUUUUUUUUGUCUUUUUUUUCUCCAGAUGUUUCCUUUUGUUUCUCGUAACUUUGUUUGUGGUACAUGCAAGAGGAGAUGAUGUCAAGUGUCUGUCCUGUCCCUCUGCGUACGAAAAAGCAAAAAUAAUGUAGCAUAACGAGACAACGGACACUCAUUUUAUGAAGUGUUCCUCCAUGUAGACCGCUGCUGAAGGGUUUAGGGGGAGGGUGGGGCACAAGUGACACCAAACAGUUGUGUAGUCUAAAAAGAAGGACAAAAGGCUUGCUUUUAUACUAACUGUAGAGGGGUUUUUUUGUAUUAUUUUUGCUUUGCUGGAACAUAGUUAGUUUUUUUGCCAAUGUCACAGAUCAGAACCAGAGACCAAAGUUGGUGUGGAGGGGAGAGGGGGAGGGCAAGGAGUCAGCUAGUGUGUGUUUUUCUUUCUUUUUGUGAAUGGAGAAAAAGAGCGAAGAAAAAGAAAUGAAUGGUGUGUUUGAAGACCACACAUAAAACCGAGUUUUGGGCCAUGUGCUUGCGCACCAAAUAGCCUUUUUGGAAAACCAAAUGGUACGUGAACAGAAACGCCAAGACCUUCUGUAAAUACAGAUGGUGGAUUAUGAAGCAC